AUGACUUCAGCAUCGCGAUUGUUGCCUCGUUGGAGAAACCAGCACCCAUUCGUCCGCAGCCAUGUCGUCCUCAACCUGUCUAUGGUAGCCAAGGAAGGACCAGUGGGCCCCGGAAUUUCCCUAUGGAACUUGAGGUGCCGAGCAUACCUCGUGUGGCUUCAUAUGAUCAUGUUCCCGAACGACGUGAUUACCCGAGCAAUACCUGGAGAUCGGGAUCACAGAUCACUUCCUGACGCCGGACUUAUCAUCCGUGGUAGGUAUCAACACCAGCCGUCACCAAUGAAAGAUCCAUCUUUAGCUAUAGAUCAGUUGUGUGCCGAAUUAGAACUCAACACUGAACAGCCCAUGACGGCUGCUGAUAAGCGACGAUCGUUCCCAACAUCGUACGCCCGCGACAGCGCGUUCGCUACGGGAAGUUCGGUUUACGAACAACCGAUGCGACGUCUGUCAGAAAAAAGGGCACCACCGAUUGAAAGGAAAGCUCAGCCAUACCAGCAACCUCCGGUGGGGCUCUAUCAUGCAGCGGCGGUGAGCAGUCACCAGCCAGUUCACCAGUCGCAUUCGACACCAAUGAACAACCAGCAUCGAGUGACUCAUGCUGCUGCACAACAUCCACCACAACAACCACAACCAGCUGCACAAGUUCAACGUGUACCGCAACCACCUCAGUUUGCAACGCAGCCGGUUGUGAAGAAGUCGAAUCCACAACGGCAGCAGAAAUCACUGGAUGAGGUCACUAACAUGCUGAACAACGUCGUCAACGACUUCCAUGCGACUCAACAACCUCCGCGAAAAAAGUCGCAACCUAGCCACGCUUUGUAUGCCACGCCUCAUUCCAUGAAUCAGUCGAAUCCAUUCGAGACGAUCAAUCAAGAAAAGAUCAAUCCUAGUCGUGUAGAGGCUAUGCACAAUAUGUUCGAAAGAAAUGCAGCACCGGCACAGAAUAGAUGGAGCGCACAGCCGCCAUACCAGCCGCACCUUAUCAGACCGAGAGAAGACGACGCUUAUCACGAUAUCAAUGAUUAUCACUCGAAUCGACCACAUGUAAUGAAAGCAGCAACAGCAACAAUACCACCACCUCCAAGUACAGCAGCCCCAGUCCCACCACCAUACAUCGGUCCUCAUGCAUCGCCUCCACGUCAUAACGCUAUUGGAAUUCGUAACUCGUCACCGAGCUACGUCACUGAAUUCACACCGGCCUAUCCUACUACUCAGCCGCCAUCGCAUCCACCUGGAAGGAACGGAUCGGCUACAUCAUCUCAGAAUGGUGGUUAUUACUCAUCGAACAGCUCCGGCGUGGGUGCUCCCUCAUAUCAGCACAGCCAGAUUUCCGCAAGGCGAGGUUCGAUCGUCGGCCAUCAGUCAGCGUCGUCACGAGCAGCUUCCAUAGCGGAUGAUGACGAUGACGAUGGUUUCUAUGACAAUAUAGGAACUUACGAUGAUCGAAGGAUCUCACGAAGCAGUGAAAUGGACAUCCAAUCGCUGUCUUCGCAUCAAUUACCGCCCAAUAACUGGAAACCCACCAAAAUUGGAUCGUUCUUCCGAAAAAUCGGUGCUGGCAAUCGACCACCAGGAAGCGCUGCCAGCCUCGUGUCCCUGAACAAGGUUGCGAACGAGACGCCGAUGAAGCCUGGAAACCUUAUGAAGAGCAACAGUCUAAGCACCGAGCCCUGGAAGAAAAUGGUGAUUGAAAAUCCGAGUAUCCCGGCACGAGAACGAACUGCAAACAAGUACCAACACGAUGGGAUGCCGCUCAAGAUCGUCGCUCAGUUCGCGGCGAUUUUGGCCCUUCGCCGCGUACCUGGCGUUAGGCCAUUCGUCACCAUGGCUCAAAUGUUGCUUGUAUGUUUGGUGGUAUUGAUACAGUGUGGUGGAAAGAAGAAACCAGAAGGUGGUGCAGCUGCCGGAGGAGCAGCCCCAGCCGCAGGUGGCGAAAAGAAGGAGGGUGAAGGCGAUAAGAAAGAGGAAUAA